AGGAAGCAGCCACCAGUGGCAGGCCCAAAGUCUGAGGAGGGUUCUGAGGCUGUACUCCCCAGGCACAGGAGUGUGUUCCAUAUCGAGUGGCCGUCCAUAAGGAGAAGAAGCAACGUGUUUGGAAAAGGCGAAUACCAAGAGAGACAAACCAAAGAGCUAUCCCCCUAUCCAUACCAGAAGUCCACAGUGGAGCUGCUUGAUCUGGACACCAUGGAGGAGAACUCUGAGAUCAAGAUAGAAACCAACAUAUCCGAGAUGUCCUGGAUUCAAAGUUCCAUGUCUGCCGGGAGGAAGAAGAUCAGCAAAGCCCUCAGCUACAUCACAGGAGAGAUGAAGGAAUGUGGAGAGAGUCUUAAAGACAAAUCCCCAGUGUUCCAGUUUCUCGACUGGGUGCUCCGAGGCACAUCUCAGGUGAUGUUUGUGAACAAUCCCCUCAGUGGCAUCCUCAUUAUCAUAGGCCUCUUCAUCCAGAACCCCUGGUGGGCCAUCUCAGGCUGCCUGGGUAUCAUUGUGUCCACCCUGACUGCCCUCAUCUUGAGUCAGGACAGGUCAGCCAUCGCCGCAGGACUCCAUGGAUACAACGGGGUGCUCGUGGGGCUACUGAUGGCUGUGUUCUCAGACAAGGGCGACUAUUACUGGUGGCUUCUGCUCCCUGUCAUUGUUAUGUCCAUGUCUUGCCCCAUCCUCUCCAGUGCCCUGAGCACCAUCUUCAGCAAGUGGGACCUGCCAGUCUUCACAUUGCCAUUCAACAUUGCUGUGACCCUGUACCUGGCAGCCACAGGCCACUACAACCUCUUCUUCCCCACGACGCUGCUGCAACCUAUAUCCUCUGUGCCCAAUCUCACUUGGUCAGAGGUCCAAGUACCCUUGCUUUUGAGAGCCAUCCCUAUUGGAAUUGGACAAGUGUAUGGCUGCGACAACCCCUGGACCGGAGGCAUCUUCCUCAUAGCUCUGCUCAUAGCUUCACCUCUCAUCUGCCUGCAUGCAGCUAUUGGAUCCAUCACAGGGAUAUUAGCAGCACUCAGCAUUGCCACACCCUUUGACUCCAUCUACUUUGGCCUGUGUGGCUUCAACAGCACUCUUGCAUGCAUCGCCAUUGGAGGCAUGUUCUACGUCAUCACCUGGCAGACGCACCUCCUGGCCAUCGCCUGUGCUCUGUUUGCAGCCUACCUGGGUGCCGCCCUAGCCAACAUGUUGUCUGUGUUUGGAUUACCACCGUGUACCUGGCCCUUCUGCCUCUCAGCGCUCAUCUUCCUGCUCCUGUCAACCAACAACCCCACCAUCUACAAGCUCCCGCUCAGCAAAGUCACCUACCCAGAGGCCAACCGCAUCUACUACCUUUCCCAGGAGAGAAACAGGAGGGCACCAACCAUAACAAAGUACCAGGCUUAUGAUGUCUCCUAGGUUGCCCGUUCCAAAACAUGUCA